AGGUACUGUCGGCGCAGCUAAGUGGGCAUAAAUAAACGGGAGCAUCAGCGCCUGGCAUGAUCAACCAGCUGCUUGCCGGAACCAUGGCGUCCCUCCUGCUAGCAAUAGUUCUGCCCUUCGGUCUCAUCCUUAUCUCCACGUACGCCUUCCAGCUGAUGGCCAACGCUCGCCGCCGUCUCCCCCCUGGCCCCUUGCCGCUGCCGGUCAUCGGCAACCUCCUCACCAUCGGACGGGGCAGCCCUCACCGCUCCCUGGCUCGCCUCGCCGAGCGCUACGGCCCUCUGAUGUCCCUCCGGCUCGGCGUCGUCCACGCCGUCGUGGUCUCCUCGUCGUCCGCCGCGCGCGAGGUCCUCCAGAGGCACAACGCCGUCCUGGCCGACCGCCCCGUCAUCGACGCCUGGCUCGCCAACGGGCACCGCGCCAACUCAAUCAUCGCGCUCCCGCCGCACGCCAAGUGGCGCGCCCUGCGGCGGCUCUGCGCGACGGAGCUCUUCGCUCCCGGCCGGCUGGACGCGCUGGGGCCGCUGCGGCAGCGGAAGGUGAGCGAGAUGCUGCUCCACGUCUCAGAGCAGGCGGCGCCCGCGGCCAUGAACAUCCUGUCGCGCAUGAUGUUCUCCGUCGACCUCGACUCGGGGCCGCCGCCGUCACCUGGUGGUCGGCGCGGGCUCAGCGACGCCGUGAAGGAGGCCACGAUCCUGGCCGCGACGCCGAACGUCUCCGACUUCUUCCCGGCGAUCGCGGCGGCCGACCUGCAGGGUCUGCGGUGCAGGAUGGGGCCGCUCGUCGCAGAUGCACACAAGAUACUGGACGAGCUGUUUGCGCAGCGGCUGCUCGAUCGGGAAGCUUGUGAGCCGCCCAAGAAUGAUAUGCUAGACGCGGUGCUUGACAAGGAACAUGAAUGGCAGCAGGAGGGCUCUAUGAUCAAUCGCUCUACAGUCAAAGGAUUGUUUACGGACAUGUUUGUUGCGGGAUCAGAUACAAGCUCAACUACAGUUGAGUGGGCAAUGGCCGCUUUACUAAAGAACCCUCAAGUGAUGGAGAAGGUGAAGGGGGAGCUCAUGAGAGUUCUUGGCAACAAAACACAAGUCGAGGAAUCCGACAUCGCCCAGCUUCCCUAUCUUCAAGCUGUGGUAAAAGAAGUACUUCGACUCUACCCUUCGGUCGCGACGACAUUUUAUCGCGCAGAGGCCACGGUACAAGUGCAAGGAUACACCAUUCCUGAAGGAACCACCAUCAUACUCAACAUAUGGGCAGUUCAUAGAGAUGCUGACGUAUGGACUGAUCCGGAAAAAUUUAUGCCUGAAAGGUUCAUGGAUGGAGGCAGUGACUUUUCGAGUAAGGACUGCAAGCUAAUUCCAUUUGGUGGCGGGCGUCGCAUCUGCAUUGGAUUGCCGCUAGCGUAUAGAACGGUCCAUUUGAUUCUUGCGUCGCUGCUGCAUCAAUUCGAUUGGAUACUUCCUGAAGAGGCCAUGGAAAAUGGUGUUGAUAUGACCGAGAAGUUUGGACUUGUGAUUUCUAUGGCUACUCCAUUAAAAGCGAUCGCCAAGAAGCGUGACAUGUGAAUGUAUGUUACAAUAGUCAAAAAAAGUGUGGUACAACAGAAAUUUUAGAAGUAAUAAAUUGAAAUAGUGGAUUGUAAAACUGUGAAACUUG